UCUGAGAUCUGAAUAAUCUUGUGUGACCAUGUGUGGGAUUUGGGCCCUUUUUGGCAGUGAUGAGAGCUUUGAUGUCCAGUGUUCAAACAUUAUGAAGGUUGCACACAGGGGGCCUGAUGCGUUUCGAUUUGGAAAUGUCGACGGCUUUACAAAGUGCUGGUUUGGAUUCCAUCGACUAGAAAUUGUUGACCAGUUGUGUGGCAUGCAGCCUUUGCGUCUAAAGAAAUUCCCUCAUCUUUGGCUGUGUUGUAAUGGAGAAAUUUAUAACCAUCAGCAGGUAAAGAAGCACUUCAAAUUCGAUUUUCAGACUGAAGUCGAUGGAGAGAUCAUUAUUCACCUCUACCAGAUGUGUGGAAUAGAGCAAAUGACUCGCAUGUUGGAUGGGGUGUUCGCCUUCAUCCUCCUGGACACAGCCAACCGGAAAGUGUUUUUGGGAAGAGAUACUUAUGGGGUCCGUCCCAUGUUUAAACUGCACACAGAUGAUGGUGUUCUGGCUGUGUGCUCUGAGGCAAAAGGGCUCAUUAACAUUGGCCAUUCAAUGUCUACGACCCCUCGAAUAACCCAGUUUCCCCCGGGCCACUAUGAAGUGUUUGAUAUAAAGGAGGACCAGAAAGUGAAAUUUGUGGAGCGCUUCAGAUUUCACAGCUGUAAAGACGAACCACUGCAUACCAUCUAUGACGGCUUACCCAAGCUUCCAACAGAUUUUCAAUUGGAGACUGUUACAAGCAAUAUCCGUAUCCUGUUAGAAAAUGCAGUAAGGAAGCGCUUGAUGGCUCAUAGGAGAAUCGGCUGUCUUUUGUCAGGGGGCUUAGACUCUAGCCUUGUUGCUGCACUUCUGCUGAAACUUUCUCAUGAAGAUAACUUCCAAUAUCCGGUCCAAACUUUUGCAAUAGGAACAGCAGACAGUCCUGAUGUGUGUGCAGCUCGCAAGGUUGCAGCUCACAUUGGCAGCGAGCAUCAUGAAGUGCUUUUUACACCUGAAGAUGGCAUUAAGGCCAUAGAAGAGGUCAUUUUUUCUUUAGAGACUUAUGACAUCACAACUGUGAGAGCAUCUAUUGCCAUGUAUCUGGUGUCCAAGUACAUUAAAGAGAAAACAGAUUCCGUGGUUAUUUUCUCUGGGGAAGGCUCAGACGAGCUCACACAGGGUUAUAUUUAUUUCCACAAAGCACCAUCUCCCAAAGAAGCUGCAGAGGACAGCGAGCGCCUUCUUAACGAGCUCUACAUGUUUGAUGUCCUCCGUGCAGACAGAACCACAGCUGCUCAUGGCCUUGAACUGAGGGCGCCAUUCUUGGAUCAUCGAUUUACUGCAUAUUACCUGUCAUUGCCUGAAGAGCUGAGGGUCCCAAAGAAUGGGAUUGAAAAGCAUCUUCUGAGGGAAGCUUUUAAUGGCACUGCACUCCUUCCUCAAGAGAUUCUGUGGAGAAGGAAGGAGGCGUUCAGUGACGGUGUCUGCUCAGAUAAGAGGUCUUGGUAUUCUAUGUUACAGGAGCACAUUGAAUCUCAGGUAACGGAUGACCAGCUUGAAAAGGCAGCAGAGAGAUUUCCGUUCAACGAGCCAAAAACAAAAGAGGGAUAUUUCUACCGGCAGGUGUUUGAAAAGUUUUACCCUGGCAGGGCGGAGUGGCUGACUCAUUAUUGGAUGCCCAAAUGGGUCAAUGCCACUGAUCCUUCUGCACGCACACUGCCAGUUUACAAACAGGAAAAAUAAACAGCUGAUGAUGGG